CACGACAGCGCUUCGAAAAUAUCAUUCUCUGGAGGGCGGGGUUGCGUGGCCGCGGCUCCUCCCUCUCAAAGUGGCCGCGGCCUCGUUGGGAGAGGCGCUCGGAUUUCAACCUCACCGUCUUGAACUUGAGUAAUAAUCUCGGCUGUGCUGUAGAGCCGCGGCGGCAGAGAGCAAACACCACGCAGGUGUCUCAAAACACAGAGAAACACGCGGGGAUCGCUGCCUCUGCUCCCGGAUUAUAUAUAUAUAUAUAUAGAUAUAUUUUAAAUCUUGAUAAGGAUGUCGAGGCGAAAAUUGGGUAGCAGACCCCAGCACGUCAGUGCAUUUCCGUGUGAGACUGAGCUGACAGAAGUGACCCUGCCCUCUCUUGAGAAGAUGGGCGUCCUGCCGGGGGAGGACCCCAGCGACCGUGACCUCCUGACCUGCGGACAGUGUCGUCACAGCUUCCCCCUGGCGCACAUCCUGGUGUUUAUCGAGCACAAGAAAGGGCGGUGCCAGGGCGGGGCCUGCCUCAAAGAGGCCGAGCUUUUGGGACACAGCCCUCCCUCCCCGCCCAAUAGGACAUUGAGUCGGUCUGGCAUGGAGCCAGCGGUCCGUGUGGCUUCAAGAAUGUGCGAGUGGAGCAGGCCCGGGGAAAAUGGAAUACCGGUGAAGCAGGAGAACUCUGUGGAAGAUGAAGGAGAGCCAUCAUGCUAUAUCUGCCAGUCGUGCAAGGAGCUGUUCCCCAGCGCGUGGUUCCUGCUGCAGCACGCACAGAGCACGCACGGCCUCAGCAUCUACCUGGAGGCCGACCCCCUGAAAGGCUCUCCUCCUAGGGACAGGGAGUCGCGGUCCCUGAGAGAGAAGGUACAUCAGCGGCGCCUAGCCAGCCUCCAAAAAACAGACUACUCCUCUCCCUCCUUGACUCCCCCUCCUCGACGGAGCCUGCCCCACCAAAUCAACUACCUGUACCCUGAGAUCUAUCCCGAAAUGCAGCCCUUCCCCCAGCCUGGAAACGGCUUGUCGGAUCAAUUCGACACCCCCGGGCAGGACCAGGCCCUCAACUUCUCAGCCCGGCUUCGAGAGCUGGCCGGGAACAUCGUGUCUGCAGAGCCCCCUUCCCCAGUGCGGGGCGGCUCUCCCUUCCUCCAGACCGCCCAGCCCCCCCGCGAGGGCACCCCGCCAGCCGGGGGGAGAGCCAAGUCCUGCGAGUUCUGCGGCAAGACCUUCAAGUCUUUGAGCAACCUGGUGGUGCACCGCCGGAGCCACACUGGGGAGAAACCGUACCGCUGCCCCUUCUGUGACCACGCCUGCACCCAGUCAAGCAAGCUGAAGCGCCACAUGAAGACCCACCGACUCGAGAUCGAGCCCCAGGCCUGGGAGAGCUGCCUGGGGGCCGCCUCAGUGCUCAAGGCGAGGGCCAAAGAGUACGAGGGAUACCAGGGAGCUGACGAAACCAAACCUGACACAGCAAAGAAAUCGCAUGAAAGCGAGGGCCAGGAGUUUGUUCUGCAGGCGGAGGUUUCCGAGAAACUGCCGAAGAAAAAGAAACAUUGGCCAGAGAGCACCCUGUAUGCGUGCGUCCCUGCACGGAUGAGGAAGCUCAAGGACCUGUAUCCAAGCCUGGAGGAGCAGGAGGCUGAGGACCUCGCUGCGAGACAGCUCCCCUCAGACACGGAUCUCACACAGGAGCUGGCCAACAAGAGCCUGCUGUCCUCCCUGGCACUGUCCCAGGCCUCUCCGGGCAAGCAGGGCCUGCUGAGCUUCCUCAACCGGAGGAUCAAACUGGAGCAGGGGGAGGAAACCAGCGGGAUCCCACCGCUGCCACCAGUGUACCCGAAUAGUUUGUAUUCCCAGUGGCUGUCCGGGUACAACGGGUCCAUAAACAGCAUAUCGGACCCCAAAGAUCCCACUCCCAGCCCCACUCCGGAUUCUAGGCGGGCCUCCCCGUUCGGGAAUGCUUCCGAACGCUCCCUGGAGAACUCUCCGGAAAACAACGGCGACUCGCGCGUCCUGACGGAAGACAGCUCGGAGGAGGCCCUGUCUUCGGAGAGCGGGAUCGCCAGCGGGAACUGCACCCCGAAGCAGACGGGCGGAGGCGGCGGGGGGAAGCGUGCGGAUACCUGCGAGUUCUGCGGGAAGCGCUUCAAAAACAGCAGCAACCUGACGGUGCACAGGAGGAGCCACACCGGGGAGCGGCCCUACCAGUGCACUCUGUGCUCCUACGCCUGCGCCCAGAGCAGCAAGCUGACACGCCACAUGAAGACCCACGCGCCCCACGGGGGCAAGGCAGCCUUCACGUGCCAGGUGUGCCACGUGCCCUUCUCUGUCUACUCCACGCUGGAGAAGCACAUGAAGAAACGCCAUGCCAACGAGGAAGCCACGACGGAUAGCAGUGGCACUGCCCCCUGCGAGAUUCAACAGGAGCAGCAACACAGCCAGUGCUAGGAAACCCAGCUCUGCACGCUAGCACACAAGAGGGAUGAGUUCGUUACAGGCCAAGCUGUGACAAAGAGAGAAGGGUUCUGAUUAGAGGGUUACAUGAUGCCUGAUUUCUGCUCCCCCGAAUGUCGUUUCAUUAGUUAGCAACCUGAUGUCUUUGUUUUGUAGCCAGAUGAAGACAUGGUCAGUGUUUUUUUUAAUUUAGUGUAUUUAAUGGAAGUUGAGAGAUUAUAAAGUACUGGUUACUGAGAAAUUGCUUCUGGGAGUUUUAAAAGAGAAAGACUUCCAGUGGAAACGUUUCUCAUUGAAUUGACUAAGUUUUAUUUAGCAUUUCUAAAUUCAAGCACGAUUGAGUGUUUUAAUGCUUACUGAUGCAUUUCAAAAGAACUCAAACUCCCAGAAGCCUCUGGCUCUCCUUCUAACCCAAUCGCUGCUUUUUCUUUGACCCUCGUAUUCUCAAGGUCUCUGUUUCUUUAUGCAACCUCUUGAAAUGAAAGUCGAGAAGUUAUCGGUAAAUGUGAACUUGAGAUCAAAUACACGUUUACCAUAAGGUGUGUUUCUUUCAGAGGUAAGACCUACGAAAUACAGUAAUUAAUAUUAGCUGAGAUUUAAUGAGAUUAUUGUCUCCUUUAAAUUGAACGUGCUCCCACCAGAUUUCUGUGUGUAACUUCAGCACAUUUGAUAAAAUUCUUAAUUUAACCUGAUUUUAACAGUAAAACCCCAAAAUAUUUAUUACCCAGAUGGUUUUUGCAGCCUGUAUAUGCCCAGGGAUCCAUUAGAGAUGUCGCUAUAGUAUAGUUACACGUGGUGUUCAAUGCAGAUUUGAAUGUAUAGGCACUGUACCAUUCCAUCCUAAAAUCUGAAAAAAAAAUGGGGGUGGAGCUAGAGAUAAGCCCCUUACAGUUAUUUUACUUGAAUCAAUAGAUGUUCUUAUGCAUAUGUAUUUUCCUAGUCUAGUUUAGUAAUAACGAUACUUUUAAAAUAUAUAAACAUGUUUGUUACUAAUAUUUUUGCUGCUUUUCAGUCUAUGCAUUUGUAAAUGUCCUUCGUAAUGUUUAAAAAAGAAAGUUGACCUAAAACGAUGUCUGUAAAUAUAAUUUGUAGAAGGUUCAUUACUUAUAAUAAUAAUAAUAAUAAUACGUGGAGUGUUGUUUUUUUUUUUUUUUUGGAGAUGUGGGUAUAUUUUAUAACGUGCUUAUUUAUAAAAUAAGAAAAAAAUUAGAUUUAAAAAAUCUUUUUUUUUACUUGAAAAAUGUGGGUGUUUUUUUUAUGUACAGUAUAUUGUUUGAGGGAUUUUUUAAAAUUUUUAUUUGACAUGUUGUGUAAAUUGAAUAUACUGUUGUUGUUAGGGUACUUAAUAAAGAUGUUUUUUUAAUUUAUUUCACUUUAAAAA